AGCUACUGAAAUAACAUUGUAAAGCUGGUGUUAAUGUGGCAGUAGUAGCAUAUCCCCAACAUUAAACGUGUAAUUCCAAAGAAGUUAUGAUGGUUUCAAUUAUGAUGGUGUUCAAAGAAAGAACGUAAGAUCGGCCAAAUUUGCAAUUUUGCUUGAGCUAAAAUCAAGUGAAAGCAAAGAAAAUACUACGUAAACACCGUUCGUGAGGAUUUAAAAUGCCAGAAAUCGUUUAAUUUGUGAUUUCUUGUAAUUGAAAUUCCACCGAGUAAUUGAACUAAAGAGCCAUGGUUUAACUGUGAUUGAAUAUUAUUAUGUAUGUGAUACGUUAUAACGUGUCAUAUUUACCAGAUAAAGCAGCUGAUAAAUCAUAUAUUUGCGAUUGACUGCUCUUGUCUCCGAUUUUUUACUGGUAUAAGUGUCACGCAGAAUCAAGCAAAGCUCGGUUACUUCAAGAUACACUGAAAUUGAUCAGUCUAACAAACGGUGCUUCCACGGAAAAAUGCAUUGCACUACCAUCCAAAUUCUUCCGAAAACUACGAAUGCAAUAGCACACGACAUCUAGCUGUAAAAUGCUAUCAGAGAAUCACUUUAAGUUAUGUAAAUUUUAUGCAAAACAGUAACCAUUCCCCUAGCCGUGUUGCACUCAUCUAAAUCAUAAAGCUAUUCACAUAGUGAAAUUCGCGACACUAAAUAGGAGGUGAAAUGAAAACAAUAACAAUUUAAGAUACAAACACGCAAACGAUUAAAGUAGACGUGUCAUGCAAGCAAACAAAUCCGGAAGUCUACCCAUGAGGAAGUAAUGCUUGUUACGGAAACCAUCUGAACUGAGCAUGAGAACGAAAAAUCACUGCCUCGAUUAGUACAUCAACAUGUGUUGUCAUGUAGCACCAGUUCAAACACGAUGAGAGCGGAUUCAAAGAAAAAUAAAACAAAGAAGACAAAAAAGUGGAGAAAGUGAAUCUCAUAUCGUGAUCAUGCAACUGCAGAAGUAACAGAAUUUCUUCAAUUUCUUUAUGAAAACACUGAUCCAAAACUGUUACUGUAAUACAUUGUUACAAUCGUUUGCAAAUACAAGACAACAAAAAGCAUUAUAAAGGAUAUAAGAUCAGUCACAAAGAUUAACGAAAUCAAAAUGCAAACGUACUUUUACGAUCAAUGUAACGACAAAGGAAAUUAUGUUCCGGUUUUGAAUGAAUAUAAUUGAAGGAAUUGUAUAAUCACGCAGCGAAUAAAUCGCGUAUCAAACUGAAUCUCAUUUCGGUGCAAGAUUUUAAAAUUAACUUGGCAGUCCCUUUCUUCGACGACUAUAGCAAUCGGCAGCACCAAAAAUAGCGGAUACAAAAAACACCCACGGACAAAAGAAUCAUGCAAAAUGCACAAAAAAUGUGUAUAGUCUAUUUUCUGUUUGUCGUGGGUUUCGUUGGAGCAGAAAACAUGCUAUUUUCAGACUGUGGCGUUAGAACUUCACGUCGUCAGCCUCGUAGUAAUGCGUCUAAAUUAACAACUAUCACCAACAUUACCUCUCCCAGUCUGACGCCGUUCGUCCGUAAUCCAAAAAUAAUGCACGGAACACCCACAGUUGAAGGUCAGUAUCCGUGGCAAGUAUCUUUGGAAUUGCUGCAUCCGUCCUACGGUUUUAUAGGACAUUGGUGUGGAGGAGUAUUGAUUGAUCGUAAUUGGGUUCUAUCUGCAGCUCAUUGCAUCCACAAUGAUUUGUUCAACCUUCCGCUUCCUGCUCUUUGGACAGUACUUCUUGGAGAGUAUGACCGACGUUCCGAAUCUGGUUUUGAGCAACGCAUACCAGUAGAUAAAAUAAUUUUACACGAAAAAUAUCAAAACUUCAAGCACGAUCUUGUAUUGCUCAAAUUGGGAAAGCCGGCUAACACAUCCCCAAACUCACGAAUAAGAAAAAUAUGUCUUCCGUUUGCUGACUUUACGGUUAAUAGCAUGUCAUAUGAUGUACGACCAACUCAACAACUAAAACAGGAUGCCAAUUACAAACCGGGAUAUUACUUCGACGUGGAACAGAGUGGCGAAUUAGAAACAGACUCUUUGUCACUAGACGAAGAAUCUGAUGCCGUUUCAGGGCCGGUCCCAUUCAGGGAUGACAAUUUUUUGAGACACUUCAAAAAAUUCUUUCAAGACGCAUCCUCUGAUGACCGAGUUGUACAUUCACGGACAGCAAAAUACCUGAUCAAUCAAUUGGUAGCGGGGCGGCUACGAUCUCAUUUAACGAAUCGAACAAGUUCAGAUUUAGCAAAUGAUCAAACGGUGCUGAAGACAUCAAACAAUGCAUUAUCGGGUCGAUUAAGUGAGUCUAGAAGGUCUUCUAGGCGUCUUUUCACCGUAGAUAUGUUCAAAGUAGACAAUACCCAUUCACGGGUAGACAAGAAUGGAAAACGAUGGAUCAACCACCAAUUUUCAGGGAACUUCCUCUUUGUGAAAAAUCCACCACCCAACCGGCAUCAUCACCGAGAGAAUAUCAACAGCAAAUUCGGCAACAAUAGACGACGAAACGAUAAAUUUUCUCAUGCUCCAGUUUUCUAUCGCAAAGAUCCUAACUACCGAUCUGAGGACGCUAUCAAUCCUAUGCCUCCUGAAGGCAAUAUUCCGUUCGAAGAUUUCGCUUCUGUUGCUCAAACAGAUCAUACAUCUCCUACAAAUGCAUUGCCUGAUACAUCACAGUAUGUGGAUUGCUUAGCAACAGGUUGGGGGAAAUCUACAAUCGAUGAUGAACUAACAGAUGUGUUAUUGCAAACACGGGCACCAAUUCAAAGCACAAAGAAGUGUGAAGAAGCAUAUGGAGAUUUUAUCAAACUACAUCGUGGUCAUCUUUGCGCUGGGAACCUAGAUGGAGCUGGCGGAACAUGUGUGGGAGACUCUGGAGGUCCAUUACAAUGUCGUAUCAGCAAGCGAGGUCCGUGGGUACUGGUUGGAAUAACAUCAUUUGGAUCCGGAUGCGCGUUCAAAAAUUAUCCUGAUGUAUACACAAAAAUUUCAUUCUACCGUCAAUGGAUAGUCGACACUAUCCAAAACAACUAAACUGCGCAGUUUUAAAUUUAAAUGUAAAGAAGCAAUUCCAUUGUGAUAUUAUUUUAGUUACAUUAUGAUGUAGAUUGGUGUAAAUUGAGAGAUUCAUGAGUUUUCCUACAAUAAUAUACUAUAUAAAUUCAACAGAAAACCAUUUAGUGCAACAUAAAAA